AUGGCACCCUCCCCUGGCGCCGUGCUUGGCAGGGCCCGCGGGCGCGGCGGCCGCCCCCUCGGCGUGUCGGCGCUCUGGGCCGCCGCUGCCGCCUGCUGCGGCGCCCAGGCUGCGGCCUCCGCCCUGGCCUCGCCGGCGCCCGCGGCCGAGAGCCCCGGCGCCAGGGCUCCUGGCGCCAACGGGCCAGCCAGCCCCCCUGGCCGCUGUGCCGCGUCGGGGGAGCCUGGCCUGAGGGAUUGCCGCUGGGGCGCAGCCGGAGGCGGCAUGGAGGCCUCCCAGGCGCACCAGCUCCGGGGCCAGCGCUGGAACCACGUCCUCCCCGCCACCUUCAAGGACGGACACAUGGGUGCGGAGGCCGUGAAGCUGCUCUCGGAGGCCACGGAGAGGCUCGACCGGACAGUCCAUGAGACCUCCUUGCAUGUCGCGGUCCUCCACGGCCCGCGCCAUCAGGCGGACAAGGGAGAGCUCACGUACCUGUGCCGGGGCGACCUCAUCACGCCCAAGGGCGUGCGCCGGGACCAUCUCGCCGCCCUCGCGAACACCGUCGGGUUCGGCCGCCGCGAGCAAAGAAACAUCUUCGAGGCCAAGGACGGGAUCGAAUGGGCCUUCCUGCCGGAGGCUCUCGCCGACCGCCCUGCGGAUGCCUCCGCGGAGUUGACUCACAGGGAGAUCGCGACCGCGCCCCGGGGCUACGCGCCAGAGGACAAGACGCCUCAGGUGAAGAACCCCGCGAAUUCAGGGAGGGAUGCAGCCAUCUGGGCGUUGGCUGCCAUGAUGCAUGAUUUUCAUCUCCACCUGA